AUGCCUGGGUUGAGCCAGAGAAAAAAACAGCUCAUCCGUACAUUCCAUUUUGAGGCUAGGAGACUUUUAUCCGAGUCGGAAAGGAGAGCACUCUUCCAUGUAUUAAAGGAAUUCCAGCGAUACAGACAGAUUGAUAAGUUGGUGUUCGAACUCCGGGAAUUACUUCAUUCUCCAGAAAAGCUGGAUUUGUUACGACACAUCCGGGACUUAAUCCCACGUGCCCACGUGAACGAGUUCGAUGAUUAUUUUCGACAGUCUGCUGCCAGACUAGCACCGAGUCCAACGGUAACCCGACGGCGGCAAAAUGGCCGACAUUCUCCGGAAAUCAUCAUCCGACCCAACCCUCAUGAACGUGUGUUUGACUCAUUGCCGCGAGGCGACGUGGUGGUGGUCACUAUACAGAAGGUGUCACCGGACCGGAACCUAGGAUUCAGUGUGAGGGGCGGGGCUGAGCAUGGACUCGGGGUCUAUGUCAGCGAAAUUGAGCCGGGUAGUCUGGCAGAACAAGCAGGACUCGAACUUGGAGAUAAACUACUGGAGGUUAACAACAUAAAUGUAGAAGAAGUGACCAGCAGUGGAGCGGUCAAGGUGUUGACCGGAAGUAACAAACUGAAGCUAGUUGUGGAACGAACUGGCCAGCUUCCGGAAUGGCGACUGUCUAGAGAGAAAGUGACAUGGUAUAACAGCCACACUCGGCUCCUAAUGGAAGGUGAGUAUGAAGAAGGGGGAGGCACUGGUUACAUCCGGGGACUUGACGCUGACUUCCCUGAAAGGAGGCUUACCUUGUCGAUUUCUGGUCGGCAUAAAGAGCUCGGAUUUAACAUUCGUGGAGGCAUGGAAUACGGCAUCGGAAUAUAUAUCUCAAAAGUGGACAAAGGCAGUAUAGCGGAGAGACACGGAGUCAGGGUAGGUGACCAGAUUCUCGAGGUGAAUGGAAUUUCAUUCAGCAACAUAUCGCACCUAAAUGCCGUGGAUGUGCUGAAGAGCGAGACUCACCUAAUUCUCACGCUGAGGGACAUGGGGCGUUACCCGGCGUACAAGGAACUGUAUGCGGAGUAUUCCUGGAACACCCACUCUUCUACCAUGUCAUCGUCUACGAAAGGACAAUCCAAGAUAAAACAGACCAAGCUGCGAGACACGUGUUUAGACAAAGGGUCACAGAGAAAUCGGGGUCUACAUCUUCGUGUCCCCAUCCAGUCCGCCAUUUAUUCGAAUCACCAGGAAUCCAACGAGCUCCCACUUCAAUCAGAGAUUUAUUUACCGCACGUGCAGAGAAAUGAUGUCGCAAAGAGCAACAGUUGGACUUAUGGUCCUGUGCAGAUUGAAAAUUUGUCAGGAGAUUCGAGAUCCCAACGGUCAAAGGUUACUGGAUCGGUAAACCCCGCCUACCUUCCCGGUGAGUCGGAAUCGGACACGAUCAGUAUUAGCUCUGGUGACACAGACGAUUCAUCUGGUGUACAUGGUGAAUAUGAUAUAACCAUGGAUGAUAUCAUUGCUAGGGGUGAUGACCUUCCAGAGGUCAAUAUAGAUAUGGGAGAUAACCCAGAAAUGAGUGGUAGUGUUGAAUUAGUUGAUCUGAAACCUCAGUACAUGGAGUCCCUGAGUGACCUUGACCUUUCUGACAACAGUGAUGAAAAUCAUGACCGUGCAGUUCUUGUUCUCCAUCCAGCUAGUCAUACGUCGGACACUAGUAGUGUCCGGAGCGAUGGUAGUAUUCCUGACCACAGUGAAGAUAGCAUGGAACAGAAUGAAGUGAAACAGAUCAAGUUCGAGUUCAGUCCCCUGACAAAUUCCAUAGAUAUUGAUUCUACCCAGCAAAGCGUUGCCCCUGUAAAUGUCACUUCUAAUAACAGCCUAAGUACUGUCGAUAGAAACACUAAAACACAGGAAACUGAAUCGACAUCUAACGCACUGCCCUACAUGGAGUCAUCACUUUCUUACUCACAUCAAAAGUGUGAAACAGAUAGCGACGAGGGGUCCCGAGGAGACGGGGAACAGGAUGACGGGGCCAUGGCCGGGCGGUGGCCCGAGGACAGCGGGUCGGAGACUGCUGUCACAGACCCGUACGAUAUCGGUUUGGAGGAUGAAGAUUUGCUGUGUGUGAUGCAAAACUUUGACGAUCAAAUUCGGGAUUUAGAACAACGACAGUCAAAUAUCGGCUUCAUAGAAAUGACUUCGCUCUCACCAGAAGAUCGACCAGGUACGAGUCAUCCGGACGGCCUUUUAGACGUGCCUGGACGAAAGGAGGACAGCAUUAUCAGCGGCAAAUGGAAGGCUAUCAAAGAAAAACUGAAGGGCAGUUUGCGUCUUACGAAAUCUGAUAAAGGCAGCUAUAUGAAGGACAAAAAAGAAAGUAUGGAUCCAAGGGGAGAGUACUACGGCAGCAUGAAGCUACACAAAAAUUCUAUAAACAAAAACAAUAUGGCUGUACUAAAGGAGGAGUUUAGGAAACUUCUUAGUUCUGAUGAAAACUCGGCUGCUUUGAGACAUGUAGAAGCUUAUCACAGUUGCCGUGACCUUGACCGCAUGAUUCAGGCAGUUCUUCCUAUUCUAGAUAAACCAGAGAAGAUGUUGCUUUUGCGAGAUAUCAGAGGUGUUUUGUAUGCGAACGAUUUAAGCCGUUUUGACCAGCAAGUACAUCGUAUCGAGAUGGAGGCCUAUGAAAAGUUAUCAACAAAGCUCCACCUACAGUUAAAUCAUGUAAACAAGGGGAGAAAACCCAAGAAGCACCUGUUGAUGACAGAGACAGACGAGAGCGGCCACUUUUACAUCAAGCCGGUGGAACAACAUGAACAAGAACAGAGAAUUAAACAACACGUUGUAGACGUAAUGUCGGGGAAAUCCCAAUGGACGCCACAAAAUACGCCACCUGUUGGUCGGAGGGAAAUGGAUAUUGGUCCAGAAGAAGUGACGACCAUGAUUUACAAAGACAGGCCGACUCUUGGGCUGUGUGUGUCUGGGGGAAGUAACAGUAAGCGACAGCCUGAAGUACGGGUAGACAAAGUACUGGAGAAAGGAGCAGCGGCCAGUUCUAAUCUUAUUCAGCCUGGGAUGACCAUUCUGGCCGUGGACGGCCGGUUAUUGGUUGGAGUGUCACACAUGGAGGCGGUCAAGCUGCUGAAGAUAGCUUUUAACGAUCGAUCGAAAUCUACCAUGGAGAUCAAACUUCUUGAUAAUAAGUGA